AUGUACGGCUGCGAGAAACGGCCGCCGCUGAUCGCCAAGUCCCCCUCCAGCGAGGGCACGGCCGCCUCCAAGCGGGGCCGCAGCCUCCUCCUCGCCGCCUCCAACCUCCAGGCGGUCUCCGGGCUGCUGAUGCUGGUGUUCGGGGUGCUGUGCGCCGCCUACGGGAGCAGCCUGAGCCGGCUGGGGGGCGGCCUCUGGGGCGGGCUGACCGCGCUGGGGGCGGGCGCCAUCGGCACCGCCGCCGCCCUCCGCCCGCGCCGCCUUCACCAGACCCUCUACCUCGCCCUCUGCCUCGUCUCCCUCGCCGUCAACACCCUCGUCCUCCUCCUCACCCUCACCGCCACCGUCAAGGACUCCAGAUCCCCAACAAGGCGAGAUGGAAUCGUAGCGAGAGGGAGACUCGAACUCGAAGCGAGACGACUUGAACAAGAAGCGAGAUGGAAUCGAACUGUACGACAAGUGCCUCCCCAACGUAGCGAGAAAAAUCGAGAGAGCUAUGCGCGGUGCCCCAACAAAACUACUUCCCAGUCAAUUCCUACAUAUCUCCCUAACGAGAGAGUAGAAAUUCAAGCGAGAUAG